GUCAGUUUGGAUUACAAGACGCGAAUAUCCAAAUCCUCAAUUUGCAAGAUAGUUCCCGAGGUAUGCAGUGCUUUGUUUAACAAAUUAAAAUCGUCAUAUUUAAAGUUUCCGAGCAGCAAAUCCGAAUGGGAGGCUAUAGCAACAGAAUUCGCGGUUAAGUGGCAAUUCCCCAAUUGCAUUGGCGCAUUAGAUGGAAAGCAUAUAACUUUCCGUCCCUCACGCACUGACGGAGCUUUUUAUUAUAAUUACAAAGGCACUAACAGCAUAAUUUUAUUAGCCCUGGUGGAUGCUAAUUGUAAAUUUAUUUUCGUUGACGUGGGUUGCAACGGUCGCAGUAAUGAUGCUGGAGUUUUUCUACAAAGCAAAUUAAGUACUGUUCUUCAAGAUGAGAAAGAAAUACCAAAAGCAGCUUUAAUUGGAAACAAUCGAAGCGUUCCGUAUGUUGUAGUCGGAGACGAUGCAUUUCCUCUGCAGGUGCAUUUAAUGAAGCCAUAUCCUUACCACACGCAAUGUCAAGAAAAACAAAUGUUCAAUCGAAGACUCUCCCGGGCAAGGCAUGUAGUGGAACAUGCAUUUGGAAUUUUGUCGAACCGAUUUCGCGUUUUUCUUGCUCCUAUAAAUCUAAAUGUGGCCACUGUAGAGAAAAUUGUACUAACGUGCUGUACUUUACAUAAUUAUCUAAUUGAAAAUGGCGAUACAUACACUGAUGGUAGCGGAAAUGUAGAAACUGUAAACAAUAACUGCCCAACUGGAUCGAAUAUAUUAUAUAAUCCGAGAAAAGGUGAAGCGGAGAAUGUUCGUCAAAAAUUUCUUAAAUAUUUCAAUGAAGAAGGCAAACUGGAUUGGUUAAAUAAUAAAUAAUUUCUUUUAUUUUUAUUAACGUAAAUGU